GCGAAACAUAGGUGAUUGCAGCAAUACGGGUAGGAAAAAACAUAAAGCAUGACGGAAUAAUCCAGAAAACCGACAAGAUAAACACUAAUUGGGUUAUGAUCAAAUAAAAAAAAAGGUGAUUAUUUAGUGGUAAAACCGGGUUCAAGGUGUUGGCAGAGUGCUGAGUUCGAGACUGUGUAACUGUGCAGUACGCAAGUGCAGAGGAAGAUGACUCAAGACUCCUUAGCUCUUAAAGAAGAGGGAAACAACUUGUUUAAAAGUGGUGAUGUGCAGGGAGCUCUGAGCUGCUACACCAAAGCUCUGAAGCUCAGUGAGGGUGAGUCUGAGAGCGCUGUGUUGUACCGGAACCGAUGUGCCUGCUACCUCAAACUCAACGAUUACAACAAGGCCAAGGCAGAUGCCAGCAAAGCACUAGAAACAGACCCAGGUGACAUCAAGGCUCGCUUCCGGCGUGCACAAGCUUUGCAUAAGCUUGGACAGCUUGAUCAGGCCUUCCUUGAUUCGCAGAAAUGCGCACAGCUGGAGCCCAAGAAUAAAACAUUUCAAGACUUGCUCAGGCAGCUCAGUGCUGAGAUUCAACAGAAGGCUGCGCAGCUUUCCUCCACAGACUCUCGUGUUCAGCAGAUGUUUAAGCUCCUCUUGGACAACUCUGCACAGGCUUCAGAAAGACAGAAGGCUGCUCAGAAUCUGGUGGUGAUCUCACGUGAAGAUGCAGGAGCAGAGCAAAUCUUCAGGAAUGAUGGUGUGAAGCUCCUCCAGAAGCUUUUAGAAUCUCAGCAGGAGGACAUUGUCCUCUCAGCACUCAGAACACUUGUUGGCCUGUGCACAGGACAUCAGUCCAGGACCAUGGCCAUUGUGAAUGAAGUGGGUAUGGACAAGCUGUGUGGUGUCAUGGGCUCUGCGGUUUCUUCUGUAUCUCUCUCUGCCUGUCACCUGCUUCAGGUGAUGUUUGAGGCUCUUACCCAGGGUAUGAAUAAGGAAGUCAGGGGGAAGGAUGAGGCUAUACUGCCAGAACCAUCCCGUGAGCUGCGUUCCAUGCUGCACCAUCUUAUUGACAUGCUACCUGCAUCAUGUGUGUCUGGGCCUGGACGUGACAGUGCUAUCAACCUCCUGGUCAAACAGGUGCCCCGGAAAUCUCAGAAAAACCCAGACAAUUCCCUUAGCCUGUGGGUCAUUGAUCAAGGCCUAAAAAAGAUUCUUGAAGUGGCAGGGACUGUUCCUCAGAUAAUGGAUGGGCCACCUCUCACUGACAAUACAUCUAUGAACUGUUCUGUCCUGCUUAAUAAGUUAUAUGAUGAUCUGAAGAGUGACAAAGAGAGGGAGAACUUUAAUAAACUGUGUGAGGAUUAUAUCCAGUACCAUUUCCAAGGCUCGGGCUUGGAAAGCAAACUGCGUGCAAUACAGACUGUGUCAGUGUUGCUGCAAGGCCCCAGUGAUGUGGGAAACCGUACGCUGGAGAUGUCAGGCAUGAUGGAUGCUGUCAUUUCUUUGUGUGCCUCUGAGAAUGUCACCCAUCAGCAGGUAGCGGUAGAGGCACUCAUCCAUGCUGCAGGCAAGGCCAAGAGAGCGUCCUUCAUCACAGCAAAUGGAGUGGCACUUCUGAAAGACCUUUACAAGAAGAGCGAAAAUGAACAGAUACGGGUUCGAGCACUUGUGGGAUUGUGUAAACUUGGCUCAGCCGGAGGCACUGAUUUCAGCAUGAAGCAGUUUGCAGAGGGGUCAACGCUUAAACUUGCGAAACAGUGCAGGAAGUGGCUAUGCAAUGAUUCUCUUCCACCGACCUCUCGGCGCUGGGCCGUCGAAGGCCUGGCCUACCUAACCUUUGAUGCUGAUGUGAAGGAGGAUUUGGUGGAGGAUAAAAAUGCCCUACAGGCCAUGUUUCAGCUGGCUAAGUCUGAAGAUAAAACAGUACUGUUUGCUAUUGGGUCUACGCUGGUAAACUGCACCAAUAGUUAUGAUGUCGAGAAGCCGGAUCCUCAGUUGGUAGAAUUGGCCAAAUAUGCCAAACAGCAUGUACCAGAGGAGCAUCCAAAGGAUGCAAAGCCUUUUGUGGAGAAGCGUUUGGUUAAGCUUUUGGAGGCAGGGGUGGUUUCAGCUUUGGUGUGCAUGGUUAAACAAGAAAGUCCUGCUCUCACUGAUACAUGCAGAGAAAGUAUUGCCAGGGUGUUCCUGGCUCUAGUAGAACGCCAAGAAGAUCGGGGAAUGGUAGUGGCACAGGGUGGAGGAAAAGCAUUAUUACCGCUGGCCUCAGAAAGCACAGAUGUGGGUAAAAUCAAAGCAGCACAAGCACUGGCCAGAAUUGCCAUCACCUCAAAUCCUGAGAUUGCCUUUCCUGGGGAGAGGGUUUAUGAAGUAGUGCGUCCUCUUGUGAGUCUCUUGGCUCUGGAUUGCUCUCUGCUGCAGAACUUUGAGGCUCUGAUGGCACUCACUAAUCUAGCUGGCAUUAGUGACAGACUUCGACAGAAGCUAAUUAAGGAGAAAGCCGUGCCUAAAGUGGAGGGCUACAUGUUUGAGGAGCAUGACUUGGUGCGAGCAGCAGCCACUGAGUGCAUGUGUAAUUUGAUCUUAAAUCCCGAGGUGCAGAAACUCUACCUGAAUACAGACAGUGACCGACUAAAACUCUUGGUAUUGUACAGUGGGGAGGAUGAUGAGAGACUGAGGAAGGCUGCUGCAGGAACCCUGGCAGUGCUCACUGGAGAAAUGCCAGAGCUGUGUGCACGGAUCCCCAGCACAACCAGUCACUGGUUGGAGAUCCUGCAGGCUCUGCUGCUGAGUGACAGCCAGGAUCUGUGUCACCGUGGUGCUGUCAUCACAAUGAACCUGAUGCAGGCAGAAAGGAGUCUAGCUGAAAAACUAAUGGAAAGUGAGGUGCUGGAGAUCCUCUCUGUCCUGGCUAAAGGAACUGAAGCUAGCAGGGCUCCGGUCACUAGAGCAGCCCAGCGCUGUCUAGACUUAGCUCUAGAACAUGGCCUUAUUAGGAGCAACGAUGGCAAAACCGGUGGAGAAUUUCAGCCGUAAUUGGUCUAUCCAUACACAGGAAUCUCACCACAAGUCUUAAUUCUAAAUUUGCAUAUCUUCUUUUCAAAUGUAAUUUCAGUAAACAUUUAUUUCUUUAGAACUCUGCUAGUGGAUGCACCCACAACCAGAGCACUAUUUUUUGACAGAUCUCAAGACUGAAAUUAGAAUAGGCUGCAGGGAUGAGAAGCUGUAUACCAGAUCUACUUCAUUAAUAUCACAUUUUAAACCGUGAUUUACGCUGAGGUAAAAGCAGAAUUCCAACCGCUUCUUUCUAAGUGGUGUAUUUAUCCCCUGCUGAAAAAUUCAUCUUAUUCUAAUACAGGCUGAGCUGGCAGACUUUCUUUUCCAGCUGGUACCUGCUGGUGACGGUUUCUGAAUUACUGCUAAUGUAGUUAUUUUAAAGAAAAUACUGUGGGUACCAGAACCCGCGGCUAAUUCAGCGGGAGUUUCACAUGCUCCUUCUGUCGCUACCCGGGUUUGUUAAAUGCGUUGGUGACUUUAAAGUGGCCCUAGUUGUGAAUCUGAGUAUCAUGUUGCUGUGUAAUUGAUUGGUGUAUUCCUGUGCCUCACCAAGUGUUUGCAGUACAAGUUCUGAAUUCAUUACUAGACUGACUAGGAUAAAGAGGAUGAUAAAUGACUUAAGUUCAAACCAGCUUGACAAGCUCAGCCUGUUGAUUUCACCUUAAGAAGUUGGUCAUACCAAGCUGGAUCUCUCAGCUGGUUCUUCACAAUACAAAUGUAGAGACCAAAUAUGUAUUUUACUACCACUUAUAUGCACAGAUUUUUUUUUGUUUGUUUGUUUGUUUUGUUUUCCUUCUUAGUUGUACUGUCCUGCAUUCCAAUUAAAUUCUCCAUCACUGUG